CACCUGAGCUGUCAAAGUGACGUGAUCACAAAACAACACGCGCUCCGCAUUGUGUACGUGCGAAACACGUGCGUUUUGGAUUUUUACCCUAGAAAAGUGUACAUUUUACUUUCGAAAUGAAAGUAAAACCCAUGAAAAAAGAAAAACCAGCCGCCAAGGGCUUGGGUGUGCUGAAAAAGUCCAAAACCGACAUCCAGAAGGCGAAGAAAGUCAAAUCCGCCGGACCGGUGAAGGAAUCCGCCGCCAAGGUAGCCGCUGCGGCAAAGCUACUGGAGAAGAAAAAGGAAGUGAAGCUGGUAAAAGCAAGCAAAACGAAAGCGGACAAGAAGGAUGCGGAGCAGGAAAAUGAACCCCCACAGAAGCUGGUACAAACGAAUGGUGAAUCGCCAGUCAAGCAAGAGAAAGGAUCGAAAUCGAUGAAGGAAACUGCGAACGAGGAAAAAAUGCCUCCACUGAAUGGUAAAGGACCGAAACCAGCGAAGCAGGUAACUGAUGAGGAGGACCCGUCGAAAACAAAAAAUGAAUCCAAGGCGGCUCGGAGGGAAAGAGAACUCAAGCUGAAAGCGUUGAAAAAGAAGCAACUGAAGGCGGGCGGCAAAGUGGUGUCGAAGGUGUCCGAGGAGACGCUGGCCCUCGUGCCGGAACAGUUGGUAACGGAGGCGAGCUUCCGGAAGCUGUACGAGGUGGUGCACAACAAGUUCAACGAGAAGGGCAACAAGCUGUUCGGGGAUGAUCUAAAGUAUGCGUUGCAAGCCGUGGCUGUGAAGGUGCCAAGGUGCCCGCUACGGAUCUGUCGCGUCGCUCUUCCCCACACGCUGAUGCGCAAGGAGGAUGAAAUGUGUCUCAUCGUGAAGGAUAACGCUCGUGGCCGGGAUGUCGACUAUCUGCCCACGCUGCACCACUGGGAGGACAAGCUGAAGGAGCUGUCGGUCGGGUACAACGUGCAGGUCAUUCCGUUUCAGCAGCUGAAGCGCGACUACAGUUCGUUCGAGAUGAAGCGCAAGCUGGUGCACCGUUUCGAGCGGUUCGUGGUCGACGCACGCGUCAGUGGGCACGUGUUUUCGUUUCUCGGGACACAGUUUGCCCGGCGCGGUAAAAACCCAAUCGCGGUGAAACUGGACAGCGACGCCAAGAUUAAGGAAUCGAUUGAGCAGGCGGCACUGGUGCAAACCUUCCGGCAGACCUACAGUGGUCCGGUGACGGAGAUUAAGUUCGCCGCCCACUGGAUGCCGGUGGAGCAGGCGGUCGCGAACGGGAUGGCACUGCUGGAGCAGCUGAAGACCGUCUAUCCGGGCGGCUGGUUGAAUGUGCAGGCGAUCAACCUGAAGACGGUGUGCGAAAAGUCGUACUCGCUGCCGAUCUACGUCAGCACGAUCGAUCCCAAUCUGGUGCCGGUACCGAUCAUUACCGGACCGCGGCAGGUGUUUGUGCAGAAGCAGCAGAAGCUGUUCAGCAAGCAGACGGGCGGCAAGUACGAGGUGACCAAGGACGGUGUCGUCCGGCGGGUGAAGAAACCGAGCGCGGAUGGUGAGAACAACGAGCCCGAUUCCGAUGUGGAGAUGACGCUGGAAGACUUCCAACCGGACGACGACGAUAACUGGGUGCCGUACGAUGAUGAGCCACCGGCGAGACCGCGUACGGGUGGUCGGCCGCGUCAGCGCGGUCCGAAGAUGCGCAUCAAGUAGAAUGCUUUUUUUAGAUUUAAUAAAGAUAAUACUAAUAUCUGGCAUCUCCUGUA